AUGAGGGUUCUAGUAGUUGUAGUAACAUUAUUAACGUCGUCCUUAGCAACACAGUUGUCUAUAGACGAAAUAGAGGAAUUGUUUAGGAAGAGAGUAAGGAAUGAAUUAUCCGAAUUAGAAUCUCAAAAAGUGGAUGACUUGAUGGAGUUGUUCCGCCGCCAAGAUUAUUUAUCCAAACAGACGGAAAAUGAACGGAGCAGUAGAAUGUCAUUGGAUUGUGCAUUUUGCCGAGCGGCGUUUAGUACAGUAUUUGAAUACGUACACAACAACCAAACGGCUGAAGCUGAACAAGUUGUUACAAACCUCUGUACUUCUUUGGGUAUUCAAUCUUACGUCGUUUGCAAAGGAGCUAUAGAACUCAAUGUGCCAAUAAUAAUACACAUAAUCGAAACAGUACCUGAGGCCACGCCAAGAGCGUUUUGUGGACUUGUUUUACAAAAUGCGGGCAAUCCCAACUUCUGUAGAAUUGACGACCCGAGGUUCGAGUGGGAAGUUGACCUGCCCGAGCAGGCGCCAGAAACCCAGCAACAAGACCCUCUUGCCGAUACAAGACCACUUAGAAUAGCUGUUAUAACAGAUGCCCAUAUUGAUCCUUUGUAUGAAGCCCAUGGAGUUGCUGACUGCGACCAACCAGUUUGCUGCAGAGUAGGGCAAUCACCAGCUCAUCGAUAUAUUUAUCCGAUGAAACGAUCCAUCGCAGAGGAAAGUUUAAUUGAUCAGAGUGUUAAAGACGAUAAUGAUGAAAUUAAAAUAGAUUUAAGCGUAGUUCCUGAGCUACGUCAGUUGAGGAGAUCGAUACAAACCAGAACUUUGGCGCCAAGAAAUUCUGCACCAGCCGGCUAUUGGGGAGAUUACAGAGACUGUGACACGCCCAUUUGGGCAUUUGAUAACGUUAUCGAUACUAUUACAGAGUCCCACACGAAUAUUGACGUAGUAUAUUACAUCGGUGACACAGUUGACCACGGAGUAUGGGAGACCACAUAUGAAAUGAUUGACGACAGUAACCGGCAUAUCAUUGAGAAAAUUAGGUCUAAUUUUGGAGAUAAUGUAGCUGUCUUCCCUGUUAUUGGAAAUCAUGAAUCUCAACCGACGAACCAAUUCGCCCCAUCGUAUGUGCUUGGUGAACAUAUAAACACAACAUGGUUGUACGACGCUCUUACAAAAAAAUGGGAUUUCUAUCUGUCUGAGGACGCAAAAGAAACUGUACGAGCACGUGGAGAAUAUUCGAUGCUGGUCAGACCAGGACUUAGGGUUAUUGCGAUGAAUAACAACGUUGCCUAUAAAUAUAAUUGGUGGCUAGUUUACGACCCAUUAGAUGCGAAAAGACAUCUGGAGUGGUUGGUUGACGAGUUAUACAAAGCUGAAAAGGCUGGAGAGAAAGUUCACAUCUUAGCACACAUACCAGCAGGAGUUAGCGAUCUUACGCAAACAUGGACAAGAGAAUACAAUAGAAUUGUUAACAGAUUUUCGAAAACAAUAGCAGCUGAAUUCAAUGGACACACUCACUCGGAUGAGUUUAAGAUAUUCUACAGUCUAAAAGAUGGUAGUCCUAUCAACGUGGCGUGGGGAGCCGGCAGCACUACCGCGUACACCUUCUACAAUCUCAAUUACAAAAUUAUUGACUUUGACAGCGAAACUUACUACCCAGAAAGUAUAGUGAACUACGUGUACAACUUAACAGAAGCCAAUCUCACCCCAAACCGACCGCCUCAUUGGUUCCAGCUCUACGAUAUGAAAAAUACAUUUGGACUUCCCGACCUAUCCCCUGUAUCUAUGGACAACUUAGUCCACAGAAUGGUUACAGGAGAAAGACAUUUACUGGACAAGUAUGCAGCAUUCUAUUCCAAAGUCAACGACAUUCGCUGGUCAAGUUGUAAUGACUGGUGCAAAAUAGACAACCUUUGUAAAACAGUUGUCACUGUAUUGUGGCAAAGACAGAAGUGUGACGAAAUAAGAAACCUGUUCUUUUCUUAA